AAUGUUUUGGUGAUGUGGCUAUGCUCCGAGAUCCAUCCGAGGAAAUAUAUCACAUAAAAAGCAGAUACAUUCACCUGGAAAGCACUCGCAAAGUGCCAUCUUUAUGUUCAGCCGUCUGGCCACUGUCCUCCAGGAGCUCUCUGGAGAGGAGGGCCCAGAUGGAGACCCACAGGGCAUGCUGGUGCCUCAGCUCCCUGCCGGUGAGGGCCAGGCUCCAGUGGAGUCUGAGGCCCCCGAGGAGGCCAUGGAGAGGCUGGCUCACCUGGAACAACUGGUGGUCCAGCUGAAGGAGCUCGUCCGAGAAAAAGAUACCCAGCUGUCUAACAAAGAUACACAGCUCAAGAAUGAGAAAGACGAAGGGGAGGCUCGCUUCACUAAACUCAAACUGCAGGCCAAAGCCAAGAUGGCUUCCCUCAGCAAACAGAUCACUGAGUUGAAAGGACAAGGAGGAACACCACAGAGUCCAGACAGCUCUUUUACAGGAGUCGGUGCUGCAGUCGAGGAGGACCUCCAAGAACUUAAGAACAAGCUGAGUGAGGAGGAGGCCAACAGCAGAGAGCUGCAGGAGCGACUUCAGACCACAGAACAAAUCCUUCAAGAGAAGGAAUCUGCCCACGCUGAACAGUUGCAGAAACUGCAGACUGUGGUCUGUGAGAAGGACGUGCGUUUCCAGGAACAGAUCCAGAAACAUGAAGAAGAGCUGCUGAGGGUCACGACACAGUCUCAGAGCGACAGCCAGCUUCAGCAGGUCCUGCACGUGUCACAGAGGCGCAGUGAAGAGCUCGAGGAGGCUUUAAACUCUCGGUCCCAAGUGCUGGACAUGCUGCAGCAGGAAGUCAGCAGUGCCGAUCAGCAAAAACAGAUCUUGACCGCUCAGUUCCGGCAGAUGGAGCAGGAGCUGGCCGAAGCCUUCAGGCAGAGGGAGGAGGAGAGGCAGCAGUGGAACGAACAGGCCAACAGGGCCGACGCAGAAGUCGCAGCCCUCCGAACCAGCCUCGACGAGUUUGAAAGAGAGAGAACGGAGUUGGUGAAGCGAGAGGGCGAGCUGGCCUCCUUGAGAGAGGCAGAGCAUGUUAGUCAGGAGGCUCUGGAGAGGGAGAAGAUGGAAGUUGCCAGAUUGGAGGGAGAACUCGCUCUGAUGAAAGAGGCUGAGCUCGCAGCCGCACGAGCGAGCCAGGAUGCUUCAGAGAGCGACGGGGCGGAAAUAGUUCGGCUUGAAAGUGAACUUGCGUCUAUGAGAGAGGCAGUCGUCCGUGCCAGCCAGGAUACCUCUGAGAAGUCAGAAGUUGAUCAACUGGAGCGAGAGCUGGCGACGCUGAAGGAGGAACACGAAGAUGCCCAGAAGAAAGGGGAGAUCUUGGCGGACGUUUGGAGACAGCUUCGUUCUCUGGCUCUUGAAGAUGUGCAAUCGGCAGAAGAGGUCUCCUUCCCUGCUGACCUUUCCCUGUUCCUGGACACUGUGCGGUCUGUUGAGACGCAAGUGGCGAGGCUGAAAGACGAACGCAGCGAGACAGAGGAACAUUGUGCCGAGCUCACCCGCACCAUGGAAACCCUUCAGGAACAACUUGACAUAAAGUCCAGAGAACAGGAGGAAACCGCUGCCAGGAUACAACAUUUGGAGCAUCACAUUAUGACGACGCCUGAAAGGGAUGAUGUGGCUCAGCCGUCCACGCAGGAUUCAUCUGACGCUAAGAGAGAGCACAUUCUGGAACUGGAGCAGCAGCUUUUAGAAAAAGACAAUGAGCUGCUUGCCUUGCGGGAGUCCCUCAGACUGGCCCAGGAGCACGGCUCCAGUGGGGAGGUGUCAUGUGAAAACUACGAUCAGACUCCAGAUCAGGGUCAGGAUGCCGGUACUCCUCCCCAUGACAGUUCUGCAGCCCUUUCUGACUUCAUGGAGGAUACACAAGAAGAGGAGACCACCUUAGUGGCUGAGGACACCUCAGUCAUCUCCAUUUCUGCUGAUCAUGAGAGCAGCCCGGAGCUUAUUGGACAUCAGUCUGAGUCCCCAGAAGAAUCCAAAGGGACCUCCUCAGACGAGAUGGUCGCCAGUAGUGAUUCGGAGGUGGCCCACAGCAGCUGGACCCUCCUGGAAGCUGUGAACCAAGAUGGAGGCCAGGAGUGGCCGUCCAUCCAGCAGGACUUUGGCGCUCUGCAGCUGCAGUCAUGGGAGGCGACGAGCAUGGAGCAGGAAACCUCCACAGUUCAAGUCGAGUCCUCCUCUGUCAUCAUCCGAGAGACGGUACAAGUUCACGUAACUCAACAAAGUUCUUCCAUCACAGAUGGCAGCGUGCCCUCUGGUCAGAUCUUUGCUCAAGCCUUAGCUGAGGAACUUCAGAAGAGGUACAGUGAGCUGAUGGCUGAGCUUCAGAGGCUCAGAGAGGCAGCUGCAGAGUCACAGGAGAAAAUCAAGAUCCUGGAAGAAGAAACGCAGUCCCUUACUGUUGCCAAAGAAGAGGCAGAGUCCCAGUCCGACAGAUUUGAAGAAGAACUUAAAUACUCUAGAGAGGAGUUGGACAAGAUCUCUCAGCGAAGCAGCUCCGGGGUGGAGAAACACAGUGUUGAAAUGCAGCUUCUAGAAGAACAGGUAGACAUUUUAAGCACUGAAAGUAAAACUAAGGAAGAGAAGAUCCAGGCCCUGCAGGUAGAUCUGGAAACGGCCUGUCAAGCUUUCUCUGAGAAGGAGGGGCAGGCCAGGAUGCUGAGUGCUCAGCUGGAGGACAGAGAGCUCCUCUCCUCUGAGCUCGAAAGGAAGCUUCAAGAUAUGGAAAACAGCAUGUUGGAAUACGCUCAGACAUCAGAGCUCAACAAUGAAAUGCUGUCAGAGAAGGACACGGAGAUCAGCGAGCUACAGCUCAGUCUCAACCAAAAAGAGCAAGAGGUGAUGGAGCUCAACGACAGUAUGUCAGCGAAACUCCUCCAAGCAGAAGAAGAGAAGUUCCAGAUAAACGGGGAAGUCAAUAAACUGAAGGAGCAGAUAGUGGACCUUGAGAAAGUCAGAGAGGUGAAACAGAAAGUUGGUUCUGAAGACUCAACCGUAGAUGUAGAUGAUGAACUCGCUAGUGUGCGAAAGGAGAAAGGAGUGCUGGAGACCCAACUGAUGACCACGAAGAAGAAGUUGCAAGCUGCACUUGUGCAACGCAAAGAGCUCAUGAAGAAGGUUGGAGAUUUUGAAGAAGAAGCAAAGAAAUGGAAAGAGCGAGAUGAACCGGCAAAGGAAGAAACUCCUGCAGACAUCGCAGAGGUAGAACAAUCCCGAGGACAUGAUAUUCAGGAAAUGGAGGCUAAAAUCAUCGAACUCGAGAAAGCUUUUAGAACCAAAGAAGAGGCGGUUGAGACUCUUGAGCUGAAAAUUACUCAGCAGGAUCAAGUUCUCACUGAGACGCUUGCUCUGAAUAGAAAGCUCAGUGAAGAAGCUGAAAACUCCCAGCAGGCUGACGGUUCAAAUGUGUUACAGUCCCAAGUGGUCUCUCUUGAAGCAGAGUGCGAAACCCUUCAGAAGAAAGUUCAAGAGGCCCAAGAAUCUCGCAAGGAAACCAUCCGCAAAGGGAAAGAGAAAGAUAGGCACCACCGUGAACAGCUGAAGCAGCAGAAAGAAGAAUACAGCGAGCUCAUGGAACGUUUUGAGGUGAAGAGCGGCGAGCGAGAAGUUCUUCUGACCCAAUUGAGAGAUUUAGAAGAAAAGGUUGGCACCGAAAGAGAACCUCUCCAUGAGACCAAGCAGCUGGCAGAACAAGUGGUAAAGCAAACAACAAGUGAUUGGGUCCAGGAGGAUUGGGUAGAUUUUGCCACAUCUGAGACGGAUUCAUCGCAACCACAAUCCAGCGAUCAAGCUCAGCAUCCUGCAGAGCAGUCUGGCGUCCAAUCUGCACAAAUAGAGGAAUCUGUGAGAGCCCUUAGAGCAGACAUCCAGACUAUGCGCAUGGCUAACACAGAGCUAGAGAAGCAUCUGCAACAAACCCAGACCAGUUUGUCACUGAAGGAAGCUGAGGUAUUGGAAUUGGGCAAAGAGCUACACGCACUAAGAGAAAAGGAAAGACAAAUUGAUGCACUCUCAGAAGAAAUUAAUGACCUUAGAGAAAAGUAUCACCAAGCUGAGUCUUACGCUGAGACCCUGAAAGAAGAGAUGGAAGUUGCAGCCAACGCAGCAUCAUCAGAUUCUACACCCUCUAUCACAACUCUUCAGGCCGAAGUGGAGGACUUCAAGCAGUUCCUCGACAGUAAGAACCAUGAAAUCAUGGAGCUGAGUCAGCAGCUGAGCGAGCAGAACUCUCUCAUACGCUCGAUGCAGGACACGGUGUCUGAGAAGGAUCAGCUAAUAUCUUCUUUACAGGAAGAACUGAACGCUGAGCAUGAAAAAGCACAAAGGGUAGAGGUCGAGGUUCCACUGAAGCAAGAGGAAGAAAAAGACAGCGAGGCAAAGAUCCAGCAGCUUCAACGGAAACUUCAGGCUGCCCUGAUCUCUCGCAAAGAGGCCUUGAAAGAAAACAAAACCAAGAAAGAACAACUGGCUUCAACUAAGAAGCUUGUAGCCGAGCUGCAGCAGAAAAUGGAGUCAGCGGAGAAUGAGCUGGAGAAGCUGAGAGCGGAAAGGGUUGGACUGAUUGAUGAGGUUGACCGGACAUUACUGGAAAACCAAAGCUUAGGAUCAUCCUGCGAGAGCCUCAAGCUGGCCAUGGAGGGCAUACUGAGUGAGAAAGACGCCUGUAAGAGAGAAGUGGAACUGGCGAAAGAAGAAGCCGCCAAAGUCUGCAGAGAGAGCGAGGAAAAGGUUCAAGGCAUGAAAGAGGAGUACGAGACUCUGCUCAAGUCGUAUGAAAAUGUGAGCGACGAGGCCGAGCGAGUGAGACGAGUCCUGGAAGCCGCCCGGCAGGAGAGACAAGAGAUCGCCGCCAGGGUGAGGGCGCACGAGGCCGGGAAGCAGGAAGCUGAAAGACAGUCCGAAGAGGCUCAGAAAGAAGUGGAUUUGGUGAAAGACAAAAUGAGAAAGUUUGCCAAAGGAAAGCAGCAGAAGAUACUGGAGUUAGAGGAGGAGAACGAGAGACUUAGAGAGAUGCAGGACAAGACUGUGAUAAAACGAGAGGGCAAGGCUCUCAAAGCGGAGGUUGAAAGACUUCAAGAGGAGUUGGAUGCUACUGUGGCAGAGAGAGACACUUUAGGGCAGCAGAUUGAAGAGUUGAACAAACAGCUUGCCCAAACAGGAGAGAAGGAUGACAAUGUAACAAAUGCAGCUGUUGUAGAAGAGGUGGUCACCGCCCAGCAAUCGGACAUAAUCAUGACAAAAGCAGAGCCCGUUGAGAGUCUGUAUGAAGACAAAGAGAAACCCCUUGAAGAGACCCCAGCUGAACAAAUAGCUGCAGUGCGUGCACCAGAAACGCAUUCACAACUGACUGAUGAAAAAGCAGAAAUAACUGAAAGUGUUCAAGUUUUAUUCGCGGAUAAAAUGAAGGAGACGGAGGCAGUGGUUAAUGCAGAGAGGGAACUGUGGCAGGAACAGGAGGCUGGACUCAAAGCUGAGCUGACCUCUCUUUGGCAAGAUCUUCAGGAGAGUAAAGAGAAGGAGAACCUUAUGGUCUCUCUAGAGAAGUGCCUGCAAGAGGGCAAAGAGAGAGAAAAGAGCCUGGUUGAAGAGGGUUCAAAGAGGGAGGCGCAGUUCAAAGAGCUGCUCAGAAGCCUUGAAAGUGAGAAAGACAACCUGGAGGAGCGUCUGAUGAACCAGCUGGCUCAGCUCAAUGGGAGCAUCGCCGGCUACCAGCAAGAGGCGGCGGACAACAGGGAGCACCUCGCCGAGCUGCAGCGGGACGUGGAAAGGUUGGAGAGGGAGCGAGCCGAGCUGGAAGCCGAGGCGCGGAGCGAGAGCGUCAGGGCUGCCAGGCUGGAGGAGGACGUGCGGCAAGCCCAGAGAGAAAGAGCUGAAGCCGAAGCCGAGUCUGGGAAGCAGAGGGAGCUGGAGCAACAGCUGAGGUCUGCUCAGAGGGUCAGGGAAGGCAGCCAGAGCAGAGCGCGUCAGCUGGAAGAGCUGCUGAGGGAGAAGCAGCUGGAGGUCCGGCAGCUGCAGAAGGACUGCAUCAGGUACCAGGAGAGGAUCAGCGAGCUGGAUAGAGAAGCUAAGGCGCUGCAGCAAGGCCAUGACGAGCUCCACAACAAACUAGAACAAUCCCAACUGCAGACUUCCAAAACCUUAGAAGACCUGCAAAGGACCGAAGCAGAGUUGGCCGGCUGCAAAUCCCAACUGGAUGAAGCCCAGAAGCAGGCGAGCAAGGCCUUAGCUGAGAAAACAACCCUGGAGCAGAAUGCCCAACAGAAAGAAGCCUUGAUGAAAGCAGAGUUAGAGCAAACCCUGGACACUGUGAGAUUCAGGCUGGGAGCCGAACUGAAGGAGUUGGAGCUGAGACUGGAAGAGGUGGACAGAGAGAGGGACAAGGAAGAGGAAGCCACUAUGGAGGCCAGAGAGGUCGCAGAAGCAGCUGAGAGACGAGCCCAGGAGGUUCAAGCCCGCCUGGACGAGUCUCUGGCCAGGCUAGCUGCCUUCUCGCGCUGCAUGUCCUCACUGCAAGACGACCGCGACAGAGUUUUGGACGAGACCCGUCAAUGGGAGACUCGCUUUAGUGAUGCUCUGCAGGGUAAGGAGGCUGAAGUUCGGGAGGCUGAAAUUCGGGCCAAGGAACUGUCAGAACAGCUUCAGGGAGAAUCUGCCCUGAAAGAGGAACUUCAGCUUACAGUGAACAGACUAGAGAAAGCACAAAACGAUUUGCAGCUGAAACUGGAAGAGGAGAAAAAGAAAGUCAAAGAGCUCCAAGCUGCACUUGCUGAGGACAGGAGCAAGCUUCAGCAAACUACAACUGAGCUGCAGGAUGCACAAAAUGAAGCUCGCACCCUGAAAAAUGAGGCGGAGAGUCUCAAUCAGAGAGCCAGAGCUCUGGAGGAGGCUGUUGGUCGGCUGCAGGGUGAAGUCGACCAAGCCAGGACCGAGCUGAGGGAGCGGGAGGCAGAAGAGAGGCGGCUGUGUCUGAACGUGGAGCAACUAGAGACAGACCUGCGCUCCUCUAAGGCCUUGACAGAGAGUCUGCAGACUGAGUUAAAUGAGAAGGAGAGGAGAGAAGUGGAAAUGCUGGGAGAGAAGGAGCAAGCUGUCGCUCAGGCGGCAGAGGAGGCUAGAAAGGAGGCCGACAGCAGGGCACAAGAAGCUGAGAAGGAGCUGGAGCAGAGAAGAGGGGAACUACGGGAUCUGGAAGACAAACUGCGGAAGGCAGAGGAAGAGAGCAACAACAGAAAAGCCAGACUGGACUCUUUCAUGAAGGCCAUGGGCUCCUUGCAGGAUGACCGAGACAGAGUCCUCAACAUGUACAAACAGCUGGAGGAGAAACACCUCCAGGUGAUGCUGGAGAAGGACGGUCUGAUCCAAGAGGCGGCAGGAGAGAACAACAGCCUGAAAGAAGAGCUGCGCGCUCUGCUGGUCCAGAGAGACGACCUGUAUGCUGAAAAGGCCCAGCUGUCCGCUCAGCUUCACGGCUACCGCGAUGAACUUAACCAAGUCCUGAGCAUGAAGGACUCCCAGCACAAACAGCUUCUGGCAGCGCAGAGACAGCGCAUUGCCUCUUUGGAAAAGGAACGGGAGGAAUUGGAAAGUCAGGUAAAGAACGUUAGCAGAGCCAGAGAGACAGAAGUAGAAGCAGUAAAAGUGGAAAGCGAGACUCUAAGCCAGGCUGCUGACUUUAGGUCAGCUUCACAGGUGACCGAUGCUCCCGGUGCAGAGGUUGAGAAGCUGAGGGAGCAGCUGCAUGCAGCCAGAGAACAGGCGGAGGCUUUGGAGGACAGCCUACUGAAGGACAGACGAGAGCAGGAGAGCAGGAGCAAAGAGCUAGCUGAGCUGCGAUGGGAGGGAGGAGUGAUGCGGACAGAGUCAGAGAGUGCUCAGGAGAGGGUGGCGGAGCUGGCCAGAGACUUGCUGACUGUCGAACAGAAUCUGCUGGGGGAGAGAGAGGCGGCGAAGCGGCUGAGAGCAGAGAACCAGUCGUUCUCAAAAGCCAUGGCCUCCCUCCAGGACAGCAGGGACCAGGCACUAAACAAGGCCCAGGAACUGAGUCUGAAGCUGGAAGAGAUGAGUAAUGCAGGAGGCCACACGGCAGUCAGCCCGGGAGGCUCCACUGGAGAAGUGUGGGGACUGAAGAACGCACUGCAAGCCCUGCAGAAUGACAGGGAGAGAUUGCUGGAGCAGCUUCACACACAGACGUCUGAGAUCAAGAAGCAGAAGUCAGAGCUGGCUCGAUUGGGAGCGGGAGAGCUGAUUAAAGUCAGCCAGGAGAUGUUUGAGGAGAAGAAGAAGAACGAAGACAUGCUCAGUCUCAUAAUGCAGCUUGAGAAUGUGGUGGAAAUGGGCAAGCAGGAAAUAGAAACUCUCAGACUGGAGCGUAUUGACUGGAUGGCUCAAGCUGAGCAGCUGAAGCACCAGACCCUCGCCACACUCUCGGAGAGGGACCAACAGCUGCGGCAUCUCACCGCCAUGCUGGAAGAAGCCCGCAGUCAUAAGCCCAAACUUCAGCAGGAACACUAUCAGAGAGAGGCUACAGAGGAAGUGGACAGCGCUCCUGGAGCUCCACAGGAGCGGAGCAGUCUGCUAGACGGCCACGCCUACACAGCUGAGGUCAAAGAGCUACAGAGAAGGCUGGAUGAAGAGAUGCAGCAGAGGGUGGCUGCUGAGGAGCAGCUAAUGGCCACGCAGGAUCAACUCAAACGUCACAGCCAGGCUAAACGGCACUCUGCACAAGAUGAGGAUCCCUCAGAGACGGCUGUUUUUAUCGAGCAGGGAGGAGCCGUCACUCGAUCUCGGAGAGGCGGCCCGGGUUUGGUGCGGAUGCUCCGAGUGGCCUUCUGCUCCCGUCAGCGUACCCCUCUGCUGCUCAGCCUGUACCUGCUCACUGUGCAUGUCCUGCUGCUGCUGUGUCUGGGAGGAUUCCUCUGAAAGCAGCUCCUUUAAAUGGAACCUGACAGAUUAGAGUUCGAGUUAGAGGAGGGGAGAGGAACUGUGAGGCAGACCUAACCCAAGCCAUCAAUAUUUUGUAUAUUGUUACAUGUAAUAAAUUAUAGGAAGGUGUGAAGGAUUUCCUCCACACAAACAUUGCACUUUACAGGACUUAAUGCUUGCGUUCACGUGCUCCUCAGAUUGUCGUUCUUCUGUCUUUGAGAGCUUUAAGUCGAGUAGAAGUAGAAGACAAGAAAGAAGUCCAUCUUUUACGUGGACAGCAAAUAGUGAUUACAACCUAGCACCAUGUUACAAAUGACAUGUGAGCAAAGAGUUGAUCUGCAAGACGUAAAUUAAUAAAAGGGUUUCUUACCAUCAACUUAACAUUUACGGCAUAUUUCUGCUUAAUAUGCACAUGAAUGCAGCAUUAAUCCUUUAGCCAAAGUAUGUAGAUUUAUAUAGGAGGUUGUUGUCAUUGGUGUUCACUAUGUUGCUCGUGUAUGACUGAGGGAAACCCAAGCAGGGAGGACAUGAGGGAACUCAUCUUAAAUCUAUGGUUUAAGAAGAAAACAAGAGAGAAUUUAUAAUGAAGUAUGUUGGCAGAUGGUGUUACGUGCCUUUAGAUUUGGAUAUAAAAGGGUCACUUUACGUUAGAGCAGAAGUCGUCUGACAUUUAGGGGACUAAGCUAGAUCAUCCGUUUGUUAAAUAUGCCGCCACAGCCUGCAGACGGUUAGCGGACACGGCUCCAAUGAUUACAAUCCACCCAAAAGCAACUCAAAAUGUUCACUAUUAAACAAGUAAUAUCUUCAAUUCAUACAGAAACCAAAGUAAAAAGUAACCAUUUGUAUUAUUGUCGUAGUCCUUUGGGCACAUGGGACGACUUUUCUUUCAUCUAACUGUCGCCAGAAAGCAAAUAAGCGCAUUUCUCAAAAUGUCAAACUAUUAUUUUAAGAUGGCUUGUGGUUCAGGACGUGCCGUUAUAGUCCGGUCUCUUCCUCUUCUCCUCAUUUCAUGCACAAAAUCGGAGCACAGUGCAAUUUCUGUUCUUACACAUUCCUAUUGCUCGUUUCCUUUUCUUUUCUUUCCCUCCUAUAUAAAUCACAUUGAAAAAAAAAGGGGAUCAUUAUAUUGAUAUGUGUUCAUAUGUAUUACGUACGUCAGCUGGCUGUGGGUUUUCCUUCUUCACAUAUCCACUAAGAGUCCUCGUCCAUGCUGCUGUUGCACACAUUUUACAGUUUGCUCUGUAGUUUUUAUGGCAGAUGAAGCCGCCAUUCUGGUGCAAUGUUCCCACAGUGUGGAUUCAUUCCUGAGGAGAAAGACUGCCGUGUUUUCUAAUGAUCUCCAUCCCAUUAAAGACUACUCUGAUGUAGCAUAAUUUAUUGCCUAUAGCAGUUAUCCACAUGUAUAUUGACAUCAUCCUCUGGAUUCUUGUUUAUUUAAUCGCACACUGUUGGUGAAAGGAUCCCUCUGUACUCUUCUUCUUUUAACGUUCAUGUUCUUCACGUGUUACACACUGAAAUAUACUUAAACUGUAAAUAACUGUUAAUUAAAAAGGGCUGUAUAGAAACCUCAAAUGUAAUAAAGGUGUCGGUGGUUUAGAUCAGGGACAGAUCUUGUCAAGCAUUAAUUAUUUGCUCAUCUGUCGGGGGGGGGAAAAAAGACAUUUUAUUUACAUUUUCCUUUUAUUUGUGAAGCAAUUAAGAAGUGGGUCUUAUUAAUCAGGGAUGAGUGACAUACUAUAACAUUUUGAAACAUUAAAAACACUACAUUGCUUCUCUAUAAGGGAGUUUUUGCUGACACACUUAAGUCACUUUUCGCAAAAGUGCUUAAAGCACAGAAUAAAGAUUGAACAUCU